AUGGACCUACUCACGCAGCUCGACAGCGACAUCGAUCUCUUACUCAAAAUCAUGUCCUCCUCGGUCGCCUUCAUAUCACGCAAAGCGAAGCAUGCGCCGCUCCCCUCCUCCUCCAUCCCCUUGACCAUCUUGGGCAAGACGGAGGCGAUCGAGCCAGAAGCGAUGGACGAGGCGAUCUCGGAGCUCGUGGCGGACCUGGUCGAGAAGGCGGCGGGGAUCCGGGAGAUCAUCGAGCAUCUGCCGACCAAGGAGAGUUUGGGCGGGGAUGUCGAAUUGCAACAGGAGCUAGGGAGGUUGGAGGAUGAGAUGCGAGGGGUCAAUGAAGAGUACAGAGCAGCUGUGGAGGAGUGCAAGGUGCUGCAAGGGGAGGUAGGCGAGUUGGUGAGGCUGGUCAGUGAGAGACAGGCCGAAGGGCGGGCGUGGUUGGUGAACGAGUUGGAGGGGGGCAAGGCAAUACCCAACGAGGGAGUCGAGGGAAGGAUAGCGUAG